AUAAUAGUCGCUGUAUGGUCUCGCGAUGUUUGACGGUUAAGCGCUCCUGCAGAAAAAGGACUUGACACACAUGUCAACAAAUAAGAUAAAUUAAUACUAGCUAGCAACACAGGCAUGCCAAGGUGUGCCAGUGUAGAAUAGGCUGACCCCUCGCUGCACCUAUAGGUCCUCUGCUGUCUCCAUGACCACCCCUCCCAUAGUGGCAUUCGCCGGGCAGCAGGCUCAGGCUGCCCGUGAUGUCAACACAGCGUCGCUCUGUCGCAUCGGCCAGGAGACAGUGCAGGAUAUCGUCUUACGCACCAUGGAGAUCUUCCAGCUGUUGAGGAACAUGCAGCUGCCAAAUGGAGUGACGUACCACCCCAGCACCCACCAGGACAGGCUGGGCAAACUGCAGGAGCACCUGCGUAUGCUCUCUGUACUCUUCCGCAAGCUGCGCCUCGUCUACGACAAAUGCAACGAAAACUGCACCGGUCUGGACCCCGUACCCCCAGAGCAACUCAUCCCCUAUGUGGAGGACGACAGCUCCAAACACGAUGAACGCUUGGCCAGCCAGGCCCGCCCGGCAACAGAGGAGAGGAGAGAAAUCCUGGAGGUUAACAAGAAGCUCAAACAGAAGAACCAACAGCUGAAGCAGAUAAUGGACCAGCUCAGAAACCUCAUCUGGGAGAUAAACUCCAUGCUGGCUGUUAGGAGUUGAACGGCAAACAUGGCAACACAGAGAGAGGGACACACAGGCGCGGGCACGCAUACACACACACACCACAGACUGGAAGACAUGGUUGUUAACUGGAUAUCUGACAGGGUCCCUCUGAGGCUGAUGCUGACGCUGCACUUUAGAAAUGCAGGCUUUUGCAAUAUACCUCCCUCAGUCCCAGAGAAAGAGGGGGAAGAAAGCAAAGAACGAAGAGAAGUUGUGCGAUGGAGAAAUGCUGAUAUACACUCACCGUACAGUUUAUUAGGUACACCCAUUUAGUAACAGGUCGGACCCUCCUUUGCCUCCAGAACAGCCUGAAUUCUUUGGCGUAUUCUACAAGUUGUCGGGAAACGUUCCACAGGGAUGUUGGUCCAUGCUGACGCGAUGGCAUCAUGCAGUUGCUGCUGAUUGAAUGGCGGUACAUUCAUUGUACAUAAUAAACUAUCCGACGAGUGUAGUUGUCGCUUACAAUAUGGUUAUUAAGAGGACUUUCAGAGUUAUAGUUUAUUUAAUAUCCUAAGAUAUUUGACAAAUACUACAUUUACCCAUUUAGAGGGGUUUUGAAGUUCGAUUUCCUUCAAGAUGUGUUUAUACAUUCCUAAACCAUUUUAACUAAAAUUAUAUACAGGAUGACAUGUUUGUGGUGAAGAAGAGCACAGAUCUGUGCAAAAAUACCAUAAAACAAAUCAUAAGGCACAUUGUUGAAAGAAAGUUUCAAAUUAAAUCACUGCAAGAUUGAGGUUUCCAGUUUUUUUCCCCCCACAUAGAUCUGUUCUCUUUUGCACCAUGAAAAUGGUAGUGUAUUGAAACGAAAGAGUUUUGUGUUUUGCUUCUGCUUUUCAUGUGUGGUUGGCUGCUUGAUGUAGAAGUGUCAAUCUUCUGGACUUUAUGAUUAUCACAAUGUCUGGUUAACUUUAGGAAUUCUAUGGCACUAUAAAUCCUGCUGUGAUUUAGACCAA